UAGGAUAAUCCCACAAAGAUGCCGCCCAAUACGCUAUAACUGGCCAUACUGUGCUUUCAUACAGCUUCUAAUAUAUUUUUUAUAGAAAGCCAUUUCUUGAUUUAAACUUGGCUUAACAGUAACCCUAUAACCCUUCCCGCAUUGCAAUAUACUUUAAAUUCUAGAAAUUCGGUAAAAACACACACAAACAAAACACAGUGCCAAAGAUUCGGUUGCCUGACUCAGCAUAACCGUAAUUAUUUUCAGGCAAGUUAGCGUAUACUAUUACAUGAAACGCCAGUAAAUCAUUAAUAAUGGAUUAUUUACCUACGCGUUUAUGACUUAUUCUUUAAAGUCAGUUGUCUUUUAUCUCUUGUCGUUUUGCGGUAUAUUUAGCGCCGAGUUCACGUAAAAUAAUACAUUUAAACAUUAGGCUUUUGUUUAGGCAGCAAUAUUAAUAAUUGUCGAUUUUACAACUUAAGCGAUGUUAAAACAGAAGCUUGAACUAAUGGAGAUAAAGUGGGGGAUAGUUGGGAUUGUUGCUGUUGUGAUUGGUUUAAUUGUCUUGAUUAUAAGAUCACGUUUCAGGAAAAUUCCUGCUAAAAAGCUAAAUGAAGAUGUGACGACAGAGCCUGUAAAAGCUUCAAGAGAAACUGACUUUAAUACAUUGACAAAGCGUGAACGGAGAGCUUCUCUAUCCAGCGACUAUAUUUACGAUGGGCCUGAGUCAGUGCAGGGUAGGAAAGCUGGAGAUGUUGCGGGUGAUGUGCAUUCUGCAAAGUCUAUAUACAAAUUGGAUGAGCUUGAAUUUGAUAAAUUCCGUACGUUUGUUAAUGCAGAUGUUUUACAGAAAGAAAUGAAAGAAGCUGGUCCUUUGCAUGGUGUGAAUAAGUUUAUUCACGAUUCACUUUCUACGUGGAAUGAAAUUGAACUUAAUGUUGGUAUUACUGGAAAUGCUGGUGUUGGAAAGUCAAGUCUAAUUAAUGCGCUUCGGAAAUUGAAACCAUCUGACGAAGGUGCAGCCGCUGUUGACGUUGUUGAAACAACAACAAAAGCAAGUCGGUAUUCACAUCCAGAUAAUAAACAUAUAGUAUUUUGGGAUCUGCCUGGAGUCGGGACACAAAAAUACAAAAGAGAAACAUACCUUAAAGAAAUGGAUUUUGCAAGAUUUGAAGUCGUAAUAAUUGUUUGCGCUAGUCGCUUCAUGGAAAGUGAUAUGUGGCUGGGAAAGAAGCUUCGGGAGCUAAAAAAGAACAUUCUGUUUGUUAGAACUAAGAUUGACUUUGACAUUUACAAUGCACAACGAGACCAUCCUGAAACAUUCGACGAAACUAAAUGCCUAACAAAGAUAAGAAAUAACGUAUUAGAGAAUAUACAUGAUGGGGGAUUACCAGAUAUUGUUAGUGGCGUCUACUUGGUUAGCUCCUCGGAAAGAACAAAGUACGACUUUCAUGAAUUAGAUCAGGAUCUAACAAGCAUGCUGAGCAUCAAAGGAAAGGCUAUCAGUGCUUUAAUUCAGAAAGCCGUUCAACAAGCUAUAGGCAGAGAUAGAGAAUAUUACAAAAAUGAAUUAAAAAUUCUUAGGGCACUUUCAAUUACAUACGGAUUUCUGCCAUUACCAGUUCUUGACAAACGACUUGGCAAUUGGUCUGUGUCAUUCAUGCGUAGAUUUUGUCUUCGAAGAUUUUGUGUUGAUGAGAUGUCACUUGACGUGAUGGCAAUUGAAUUAAAAAAGCAACCUUCUGUUUUAAGGAUCAUUCUAAAAACCUAUCAGAAUGAUGACUUCCAUGUUCUUGCUACACAGAAGAUAGAAUCGGCCUUAGCAAAUAAAUACGUUGUUCCGAUUCUUGGCUUCUUUCUUUCAGCACGCAACUUAUAUGCAGCGCUUGGAGAAUGUUUGAAGGCAAUGUGUGAAGCAGAAGACGAGCUAAAACUGGCAAACCUUCGGCUUGAUCUCCUGGAGGAUAAUCUUAAACCGAUGAAAACAUAAUAUGAUCAGAAAGAUAGUAUACGAAUAUUCAGUUUUCAAAAUACCAGUACAUUACAGACUUGAUAUUAUUUUGCAUUGAAUACGGUAGGUUUAAGACAAUGAUGCAAGCAGCUGGCAAUUUUAUUGCACAGGUCAACAAUAGGACAACAUUAUGUCACAUAUAUGGAGAAUUUGACAUAAGUAAAGUUCUUGUUUACUAAAAUACACCUAAAAUAUAAAAUAAAAUAAACAAUUGAAUCGUACUUUGAUAAGACCUAAUUUCAAUCAAUGUGUUUUUCUUAUAUCGCAUGCCCAAAAUCAAGACUCAAACUUUUACAUAUUCAUUAUUAAAAGUCCUAGUCAUUUCUAUCAUAUCGGAAAUUAUCACAUUAAGCGUUUGUUUAGAAAAUGGAUAUCAAUUCUGAGUACAUUGUUGUAGAUAAAUGCACGGUUCGAGUUAAAAUGCUAAGGAAUAUAUUCACGAUUGCCGAUAAGCCUGAGUGAUUCAUUACAAAGCGGGUAAUAUAACAACGUUUUGUUUCAUGUCAAGUGGAACCGGGUUCAAUGUUUUGCUCAGGGCAAAGUUCAAAGUGCAAUAACUCCAAACUAAGGCUUUCUUUAUGGAUUCUGUAUUUAUCUAUUUUAGGCAAGGCAGAAUUACUGUUCUUUGCACUGCACUUCUACCCACUUAGUUUUUUCUUGAUACAUAUUGUAGUACAAUAUAGGUUGGAUAUGGAUUUUUUUCACUCGGAAAUUGAAAACCAUGCUAGCACGGGCAACUUAAGUACUUUCUUUGGAAU